UUAUGCCAAUAAUGACAGUUGUCAAACGGAACGAAAAAAAAAAUGUUGUUUACAUCAAGAAAAGAUUUAAGUCGGUCGAAAAUAAUCGAUAGAUUCUCAAUUAAAAUGUGUUAUCGCGUAAUUAUGAUUAUUCAACUGACUCGUUAUGUUGUAGCUCAAUUCCAUCGAAGAUCUUUAUUGGAUUGGAUUGGAAGGUCCCUCUUAGGAAUGGAAAAUGGAUCUUUUGAAUCGGAGAACUAAUUUAAGCGGUCCAUUGGAGGUUUCAAGAUUCUCCAACUACAAAAGAAGUUUGAAUUUUAGAAAUUAAAACCAAUUUUCAAGGUUAAAAUCGCUCAAAAUCUUCUGGGAUGUAAUGAAUUAGAUGUAACUGAGGCUGAUUUUCCCGUUUUGGAUGGUUUAGAAAGGAUAUUAAUCGUUUUGAGAGAAUUAUGAGCAAUUAAAAAUUAACUGUCAACUGGAUUGAGGUUAUGUUUAUGAUUUAGGUAAAACUUGUCUCGGAAGCUUUAUUAAUUACAAUAAUUAAGGGUUAUGAGAAAGAAGCAGCAAAAACCAAGAAACACCCGUCCAAAAAUCGAUUAUCCCCCGUUAACAACAAAGAAAUGGAUCCCGCCGGAUAAAAGGAAAAAGAAAAAACGAGAACCAGCUUAUAAAAAACCAAGCACAAUCAACGUCAAAUUAGAACGAUCAAGCCUAAAGAAAGUUUGGCACGGAUUCGAAUACAUCGAAUCAAAAAAGAUUUAUUUAAUGGUAGGACAUUGGAGUCAAUUCUACAAGAAAUACGGUUUCAAAACGUGCGGGUUCCAAGGAGCCGCGAAUUGCAUCGUAGCCUGCGCUUUCGCCCAAAUGUUCGACAUCAUAAAAUGGACCCCUUACACUUUAGACAAGAUCUUAGACGUUGGGGAUAAACUCCACGAAGAUAGCAUAAUCCUUUUAGGUUUAGAGCGAAAUAAAACUCAUUUACGCCUCGACGAGGUGUACCACACGUAUUUCGUCGACCGAUUUCGAAUCACAAUGUCAACUAAAGGAAAAAUGAUCUGCUCUAGGAUGUUACCCGACCCUUUAGAACCUGGGAUUCAUUUCAUCGAUUUAGCGACCGAAUUCAUGAAAGACAACAAUUUCACCGUCGUCCAAUUACAACCCAACCGAUUCUUCGCCGUUUGGUUAAUAGGAAAUGGGUAUUUCGUUUUCGAUCCGUGCGAACACGACCAAUUAGCCGACCAAUCUUUAGUUCCCAUAGGAAGGGGAUUCUGCGUUUUAAUCCGAGCGAAAAAUUUAGAAACGAUUCGUAAUUUCAUCUUGGACAGUGUUAAAAGCAGCGAGAUUAACCCGAAUUUCCGGAUGACCGCGACGGAUAUUUCGAGGAAAUUCGAGAUUAACACCGCUUUCCCCGAAUGCUUAGACGACGCGAAUUUGGAGUUAAGGGCGCUUUCGGAUGCUGAUAAACAAAAAAUCGAAGAAUUACAAAUCGAAAAAAUGAAAGCGAAAGGAGCAGCACUCCUUUUACCCCCGCCUCCAGACCCAAACGACCGCAUGAUCGAAAUCGACGACGAACCACCCCCCGCGGAAGAAGAAGAAGAAGAUGAAGCUGACGAUGGUCAAGCGGCGAAACCGGUCGCAAUAGGAGAGGGGGAAGAAAUGGGAGAAGAAGAAGAACCCCCCGAAAAACUCGUUAUGGUCCACGUAAAACCCCCGAUUGAGAAAGCCCACGCGGCGAGUUUAACUUAUUUCCGCGAAUUAAUCCCCGAAUUAGCCGGGAUUCUUCGCGGAACAAUGCACCAAGCCGAUCCCAAAUUCAUGAAAUGCGCCGGAAAACAAAGCAUAACAAUGGCGGUUUCGGCCGUUUCAAUGUUGCGAAUUUUUAGCUCGAAAUAUUGGACCUCGACGGUUUUGGACGAAAUCCUCCGGAAUGGGAAUCAAAUGUACCGGGAAUCCAUGAAGACGUUCCCCGGAGAACCCGUCUUAAAAAUAACCACGCUUUGCGAAACGAUUAAAAUCGAAGAAAAAGUGUUCGCCCCGAAAAUCGCGUUAUUUCGUGCCGUGGGGAAAUUGGGAUCCGAUUCUGAGGAAAUUUUAGAUCUUUUGAGGGCGCUUAAAGAAUUGUUUUUGGAGGAGGAUGUUUGUAUCGUUUUGGGCCCCUUAACUUUAGCGAUUUGGCGCACUAAAGGACAUUAUUAUAUGUUUGAUCCGAACGAACGCGACGCGAGGGGGUUAACUAUCAUUCGAACGAUGCAAGUUGGGUCGAAAAUUGAAAUUUUGCAAGUUGAUGCGGGGGCGGCGUGUUUAACUUGGUUCACGAAUCUCAAAGAUUUAGUUGAUUUGUAUAUGAGGAACGUCGAUCGCGAGAGGCGGAGGGAACAGUUCGUGCUUUGUAAAAUCCAAGUCGAUGAUUAUGUUAAGUUACCCGAUAAAUAUUACGGAUACAAGCCUUUAUCGUUGACUAAGUGGAUAGUGAGAGGGACUUUUUCGCAAAACAACAAAAAGUUCGACGAUAAUAUCAGAAACACCCAAGCCACGGCGAUUUGCGCGUACGCUAUAGCGAUGCAGAAAGAGAAGCACGUCAAGUUGUGGACGUCGGAGGAUUUGGAUAAAUGCCUCGAGGUCGGAAGUGCUUAUUACCAGGAAACGAUCGACACCUUAACGGCGAAGAACAAAUUUAUUAGCCGGCUUUUAAUGAUUGAUGAGCUUAACCUCAAAUUUAACAACGACAAGAAAGAAUAUGUUUUUGAGUACACAACUUGUUUAAUCAACGGGUGUCUCUUUAACGAUGAUGGUAAUGAAGUUUCAAAUCUAAAAAAGGGUGUCAUCGAUUUCUUCGAAGAAGGAUGUUGCGGGAUCGUAUCAACGAGAGGAUUAGCAGUAACCAUAUUCUGUUUAGAAGGUUAUUAUUAUUAUUUCGACCCCCACACCAGAAACGACCAAGGAUUACCCUGCUUCUACGGAACAUCAAUGAUAAUAAGAACAACAAGCUCAAUCGAACUAUGCGAUCUAAUCCUAGCGAAUCUCCCCGCCGACACAAACGACAUGUUCAACAUCGCAAAAGUCGACGUUCAAAUCCUACAAGGAGAAGGAACCCCUUCGCCACCUCUCAACCAUUACAUCGGCUUAGACGCAAACCGCGCUAUCUUAAGAUCGCGCUACAGCGAAAUAGACCCGCGUUACGGGCUCAACGCUGGAAAACAAAGUGUUUGUAUGAGUUUCUACGCCAUAGCGAUGUCGUAUGUGAUCCCAACGGUUUUAUGGUCCGUCGAUAUACUCAACGAAGUCUUAGAGUUGGGCGACGCCCUUUAUUUCGACACGAUGGAGAAAAAUAUCGGUGAUGAAUUAAAAGCGAUUGAGCCGGCCGAAAACGACGCGUCCGCCCCUCAACAACCCGCCGUUGAAAUUAAAAUCGAAGAGCCUAAAAGCGAAGGCAAGAAAAAGGGGAAAAAAGGUAAAGAAGAGGAUUCCCCGAAAGUUGCAACACCCCCGCCGGAGGUCGCAUCGAAAACCGAGGAACCCCCCGAAGACGAUGCGAACAAAAUAACGACGGAUAAUGUUAUUAAAAAUUUUAAAAUCGGCGUCAAUAAAUUUGAUGUUGAUUACAAAGAUGUUAAAGAGGGAACUUACGCCGAUUUGGAGGCAACGCUAAAAGAGAUAUUUUGCCCACCCACAGAUGAUAACCCGGCUAAAACCCAUUCGAUUCUAAAACCUCCAGCCCCCACAGAAGGGGAACCACCUCCACCGGCCGAAGACGAAGAAGACCGCAAAAUACAUCUAAUCGAAUCCAAACAUAUGACGUGCGUCUUUUGGACGGAAGAUGACCUUUUUUAUUGUUUCGAUUCGAAACCACGCGACGAAAACGGCCAGAUUUAUGGGAAAUACGAAUGGCCCAAGAAAAAACCGCAUCAACAUCACCGACGUGGUGGUUGGAAAAAAUCGAUGACUUCCGAUGUUGGUAAUGUUACUUCAGACACGGCCGCUACAAUAUCGGAACCGAAAAACGAUGCAGAUGUUGAUGCAGAUGAAGGUCAAGAAUAUGGGUUAGAACUUUACAUGGGUGAGGAAUACGUCGAAGAAGAGGAAGUAUUUUCAGAAGAAUUAGAACGUCACAGUUCGCAUUAUUGGCACGAGAAAGAGAAGCGGGGAAAAGGUUACGUGAUGAGAUUCAUUUACCCAGAAGAUUUGGUUAAGCAAAUAACCGGGAAUACGCCCCCUUUAGAAACCGAAUUACCGUAUAAAUUAACAACUUUGCAUUAUUUAAACGUCGUCGUUAGCAAAGACGUUUUCGAAGAUGAAUACGGCACGAUAAGCAACUUUAAAAACGUGGGCCAAUGGAACCAAUUCCUCGAAUUCGACAAAAACAAAUGGAUUUUGAGGGGGACCAUAACGGAGGAUUGCGAAAUUUUCCCCGAGAUUAAUCGCGGCAAACAAACGACCGCGCUUUGCAUUUUAGCGUUAAGUUUCCAAACGCUUUACACUUUGCCGAUUUUUAAAAUACAAACUGUCGAUGACAUCGCUGUUUAUGGGGACCGUUUGCACACUUUUUCUUUAAACGUUGUUACUAAAAUUCGUCGGGAAGAAAAAGACGGGAAUUACCCCGACGAUGAAUUAUUAACGAUCGUACUUCACGACAUGACGAACAAACUAAAUUUAGCCAAAGAAUUUUGUAUCUCCGGUGAUAUGAUCCAAUACACUUUGGAGUUAUCGACGAUUUCGGGCGAUAUCAAAGCGGAGGACCAAGAAGAUUUACUCGACGUUAAUCGGGGAUUAAAUAAAUUCUUUUCAACGCAACGAACGGGGCUGUUGGAGUCGAAAGAGUUGUUGGUGGCGAUUUGGAGGCAAGGAACUGCGUAUUACAUGUACGAUUCGCAUUCGAGGGGGCCAAGCGGGCGGAAAAUAAUCAACGGGGUUUCUUGUAUCACGAGAUUCCUCAAUCUCGAAGAUUUGGGGAACUUAUUUUUGGAGAAUUUAUCCUCGGAAGGCGAUAACCGCUUUUUUAUUCACACCGUGGAAUUAAACGCGAUGAAAUGCCCGCGGGACGAAGUGAGAAAAGUCCCCGUUAAAGUCCAAGCCCCUAAAAUUGCGACCCCCUUCGAGGAGAUUUCGCCGGGAAAAUCGAUCGUACGAGGUGGUAUUAGCCAACAAGAUCCCGUGUUUAAGCGGCAAGCAAAUUCGCAGUGUGCAGCAGUCGCUUUUGUGGCUCUCGCGAUGACUUUAGUGCAUAACCCCGCGUUUUGGACCAAACCAAUCAUCGACGAAAUCGUGAGAAUCGGAGAUGCGCUUUAUGGCGUAGCUUUGGAUAACUUGGGGUACUCAUUUAACCCAUGGGAGCAAGCCUUAACCGUGGAAUUCGUCCCUAAAGACUUCAAAAUAGGCGAAUUAAAAGCGAGUUGCGAAAUCCGCGAAAACGAACAAAUCGGAGUCGUCGAUGCUUUACACACAAAAGUCCAAAAUCUACGAGUAGGAAUCGAAAAAUUCUUCCAAGAAAACACCCACGGGGUUAUCACCACACCCCCAUUAUCCGUGGCUAUUUGGGAGGAAGAAGAACCCCAUCGCAUGAUUUACAUGUUUGACCCAAACCCGCGGGGGAUUUCCGGGAUGCCGAUGAUGGCCGAAGAAGACCGAGACACUUUUUGUAGGGGAACAGCUUGCGUGGUCACUUUCGACGAUUACAAAAUGGUAGCGGAUCAUUUUUCCGCGUUAAUUUCCCCCAACACCGACGUCGAAUUCAGAAUCACCCCGAUCGAGAUUUGCGUCGGAAAAAUGAAAACGAAAGGGAAAAAGAAAAAGAAAGACAAAGAGGAGGUUCCGCUCGCGAUUUUAGGGCGAGGAUACGGAAAGGAAUUUAGCAAAGCGUGCGAGAAAAAGAAAAUCCAAGAGAUGAUUAAACAACUCCGCGAGCAAGAGAAAUUAAAAAGAAUCGCAAAAUCCGGUCGAAAAUCGUUUUAUAUGCUCCCCGGAAACGAAAUGGGAUUAAUCCGAGGAUCGAGGAGUCAAAAUUCGAAAUUUUAUUGCUUAUUAUCCCGAGGGAACCAAGAUAUCCCGAAUUGUUUAAGCGCUUACGUCAUGGAACGCCUCCUUCCCUUUAAUAAUUGGAGCGAUGAAGUCAUCAAUAUGACUUUGGACAUCGGAGAUCAACUUUAUAAAGAUUCCUUUGUCGUGUAUCACCCAAUGUCGAAAAAAUUAAAUUUGGAUUGUGUUAUACGCGAAAUUGUUAUUAAAGAUGUUCGGGUGAGUUUGGCGAUUGGGAAGCCGGUUCUUUUCAAUCAAUUCACGCCGAUUUGUGUUGAGAAAGCGUUGGAAAUGUUUUUCCGUCAGAAAAUGUUUUGUAUGUUGAGGAUGAAUUGUGAUGUGAUCGCGUUGUUUUGUAAGGACGAUAUUUACUAUAUGUUUGAUCCGCACGAUUUGACGCUCGAAGUGAAGCGGGUCGAGGAUAGGGGGGAGGCGAUGUUGGUUAAGUUUAAUAGUUUGAGGAAAAUGUCCGAGGUGAUUGUUGAUAAUUAUAAGGUGCCGGAGGACGAGGAGAUGAUUUUUAGUUUGAUUUUGGUUACGAUUAAAGCGAUGCAGAAAAUGCCGAGGAGGAAACCUAAGGAGUUGUGUGAUUAAAAUAAUGUUGUUUCUUUGAUUAUUUUUAUAAUAAAAGUGGUGUGGAACUACUUAUUUAUA